AUGAUUGAAGAAGGAGCCGGUCCUAGCAUGUGCAUCGGUUUCCAGCUAACUCACCCGAGACAAACUGGAACCUUCACAUUUGAAUGGCUAAGGCACCAGGAUGAUAUCCUGCAUCAGCACCAUAAUCGACGCUCGGCUGGUGAGCCUGGAAACAAAUCAAACCUGUUCACUAGCCUUGCUGAACUAAAGCGUUUGAAUUUCACGAAAUUCUGGAAGCAGAAACUUGGCCACUUAACUACUGUGAUCAAAAAUCACCCCAUGGAGGUGUUCAACUUUCGGUACAGUGACCGACCACAUGGGCGAGGGCAUGUUCCUCUUGGUAAUCCACCUUGA